ACCAGAAUUCGUGGAGCUAUAUACUUGUCGUGUUCAUUAUUGGGAGGCGAUAUCAGAUCUCGUUCCUGGGCCAUGCACGUAUAAAUCCUGAGUGCUCCGCAGCCCGCCCCCCUGUUCGCUGGGGUAAACACAGUCGCUCCUCAGUCCCUUCUCCCUUGCCAAUCUACUACGCUCAUGGCAUCUACCGGCUGUGUUUACCAUCAGUCCGCCAUGACUGUUGGGGGGAACCACGAGCCCAUCAUGGCCGCCACCGCCGUCGCCGUCGCCGUCGAGUCCUUCCCUACCGCCGAGGAGCUAAUGACGCUCCGCCGAGUGCCCAACAAGAUCCCCCUCAAGCUCUUCAGCAUCUGCUUCGUGGAACUGUGCGAGCGUUUCUCGUUCUACGGAGCCACCGCCAUGUUCACCAACUUCAUUCAACAGGGCCUCCCCAAGGGCUCCGUCACGGGCGCGAGCCUGGAGCAACCCGGGGCCAUGGGCCUAGGCCAGCGCGCGUCCACGGGCAUCAGCACCCUGAACCAGGUUUGGCAGUACCUGAUGCCUCUUUUCGGCGCGUGGGUCGCCGACGCCAAAUGGGGCCGCUACAAGACCAUCACGACGGGCCUGGCCGUCGACAUCGUCGGCCACGUCGUGCUCGUCAUGUCGGCCAUCCCGCCCGUCAUUGUCCGCCAGGGCCUGUCCAUGGCCCUCCUGGUCGUCUCGAUCCUCGUCAUGGGCGUCGGCACGGGCGGCAUCAAGCCCAACCUCAGCUGCCUGAUCGUCGAGCAGCUCGGCGAGCAGCACAUGUUGGUCAAGAGCCUCCCGUCGGGCGAGCGCGUCAUCGUCGACCCGGCCAUCACCAUUGAGCGCAUCUACAACUGGUUCUACUUCUGCAUCAACCUCGGGGCCCUCGUCGGCGUCAUCACCAUGGUCUACGCCGAGCACUACGUCGGCUUCUACCUCUCCUACACGCUCCCGACCGUCAUACUGUGCCUCGCGCCGCUCGUCAUGUGGCGGGGUAGGGAACGCUACGUCUGCCGCGGGCCUGCCGGCUCCGUGCUGCUCCUGGCGGUGCGGACGUUCGUCCUGGCCCAGGCCGGCCGCUGGUCCCUCAACCCCUACCGGACGUGGAAGAACAUGAACGACGGCACCUUCUGGGAGAAGGUGAAGCCGUCCAAGUUCCCCCGCGGGUCGCGCCCCAGCUGGAUGACGUUUGACGACGCCUGGGUGGACGAGCUGCGCCGCGGCUUCGCUGCCUGCGCCGUCUUCUGCUGGACUCCCGUCUUCUGGCUGUGCUACAACCAGGUCAGCAACAAUCUCAUCUCCCAAGCCGCCGUCAUGCAGCGCGACGGCAUCCCCAACGACAUCCUCUCCAACCUGAACCCCUUAUCCCUCCUCAUCUUCAUCCCGCUCAACGACUUCUUCAUCUUCCCCGCCCUCCGCAAGGCGGGCGUCCGCCUGACCCCCAUCAAGAAGAUCACCCUGGGCUUCUACAUCGGUGCCUGCGCCAUGAUCUGGGCCGCCGUCGUGCAGUACCACAUCUACAAGAGGUCCGUCUGCGGCAGCCACGCCUCGGGCCACAUGUGGAGCGACGACGAGCAGGCCAUGGUCCAGUGCCCGCCCGUCGACAUCUCCGUCUGGGCCCAGGCCGGCUCCUACGUCCUCGUCGCCCUCUCCGAGGUCUUCGCCUCCAUCACCGCCUUCGAGUAUGCCUACUCCAAGGCCCCCAAGAACAUGCGAUCCAUGGUCCAGGCCCUGGCCCUCUUCACCGCCUCCUUCUCCGCCGCCAUCGGCCAGGCCUUUGUCGGCCUCUCCACGGACCCCCUCCUCGUCUGGAACUACGCCUCCAUCGCCGCCCUCGCCCUCGUCGUCGGCACUUGCUUCUACUGUCAUUUCCGCGCCCUCGACAUCCACGAGGAUCACCUCAAUGAGCUCCCCGAGGGCACUGUCGGCAUCGAGGUGGACGUCGAGUCGCCCUAUGCAUCCAAGGCCGACGAGAAGCACGAGCCCAACGGGAAGCCGCCGCCAGUGUGCCGUCUCCAUGGCGGCGUGGGAGAUGUAUAAGCACUCGGCCGUGUCAAUCAGUUGUAUGCUGUGGCCACAGUCCACUCCAAUCCAGAAAUUGUACUUCGGUCGGAACAAUAGCGGCAGCCCUCCGACCACGGUCUGGCUCAUUUAUAGCUUAUGCGGGUAGCUCUCACUUCAUCAUUCAGACCAAGUCCAACGAGCGAGCCCCCUUCCCUCGACUCAUAUUGACCGACAACACCGUGCAGGAUACUCUUUGGGG